AUGACGGAUGGGGAGGCCCAAGCCCAAGUUGAGGAAAUGGACGACGCACGUUGGAAGCAAAUUAUCAUAGGGUGUCCAGCCAUUUUGCAGGAGCUGCCAGACUGUGAGAAAUUCACGGUUGGUUUCGUGAGCCAUGAUAACAAGAGAAGUACGACUGACGCCCUGGAAGAAGCAUGGAACAAACACGAGGGGGACAAGACGUGGCUCAGCCUUCGCAGCCAUGACAGCGGGGACGCAUCAUUUAUUGUUGCAGUCAAUGCCAACCAGAAUUUGAAAACUCGCCAUGCGCCGGGAAACUUCAACACUACGCCAUGGGACGACCUUCAGCCACUUCCCUACGCCAGCAUGCCCGAACUACUACGCCAGCUGGAGCACAUAGCUAGGUUCUCUGUGAUCAAAGAGCUCGGUGUGCUUCCCGGCUCGCGCCUGUCCCGUCUCGCGUCGGUUAAGGUCUGCAAUGCAGCGUCAUGCAAGGCAGGGUAUCACGGACAGACGAUACCUCCGGCUCAGUUGGCCGAAUUGGAAGAUGCGGAAUGCGGACAUGCCUGCGAGGUUGAGGUGGAAACUGGGUUCAGCAUCACAAUAAAGAAUGAGUCACAGCGGCCCUUGGGGUGCGUGAUCCUGGACUGCGGCUCAGACUUCAGCGUCGAACGAGUCUACCCCGUGGACCGGAAGUUUCAGACACUGGAGGUCGGCCAGGAAAUAACGACUACGCUCGUCAUGGCGAUUUGCGGGCGUCAGCUGAAAUCAGCCAAGGCUGGCAAAGUUGUCAUCGAUACACUCAAAGUUGUGGUGUGCCAUCCGGAAAUGGUAAUGGACUCGCUGCAACUGCCGGGUCUGUUUGAGUCUCCGGAUCGUGCCGGACAAAUUUCUGCCCUGGAUGGGUUGCGUAGGUUAUUGCAGGAACUCGACAUGACCCGGCCAGCAUAUGUUGUCAGGGACUGCACUACUGAGCCUGACAAUUGGGAGACGACGGAUAUCAAAAUGAGUAUCCGGCUUUCUGAGCACUGA